GUACAGCAGAUGGCAGCGGAUUACAGUAACUCCAUUAGCCUGGCACAGGACUGGCACUAAAGCACUGACUGCAGAGGAUAGAUAGCCUCACCACACACUAUAUCAUGUUGGUGUCAUGGUGGUAUCUCUACCUGGGCGCGCAAAGCUUCUACACACACGUGUUGAAGAUGGCAUCAGUUCUGCAGAAGCUCAUCACUCCUCUGUUCAGCGGGCCGGUCGAGCCGCCCAGGAAUAAAGUGUCGGUGGUCGGCGUGGGCCAGGUCGGCAUGGCCUGUGCCGUCAGCAUUCUCCUGCGGGAGCUGGCGGACGAGCUGGCGCUGGUGGACGUGGUGGAGGACAAACUCAAGGGGGAGAUGAUGGACUUACAGCAUGGAAGUCUCUUCUUGAAGACGCCCAAGAUCGUCUCAGGCAAAGAUUACUCUGUGACGGCCAACUCUCGUGUGGUGGUGGUGACGGCGGGCGUUCGACAGCAGGAGGGAGAGAGCAGACUCAAUCUGGUGCAGAGAAACGUCAACAUCUUCAAACACAUCAUCCCUCAGAUCGUCAGAUACAGUCCCAACUGCAUCCUCAUCGUGGUGUCCAACCCAGUGGAUGUGUUGACGUACGUGACCUGGAAGCUGAGCGGCCUCCCGAAGCACCGCGUCAUCGGCAGCGGGACAAACCUGGACUCGGCUCGCUUCCGGUUCCUGAUGGCCGAGAGGCUGGGCAUCCAUCCCAGCAGCUUCAGCGGGUGGAUACUGGGAGAACACGGAGACUCCAGCGUUCCUGUUUGGAGCGGCACUAAUGUGGCCGGAGUCAGUCUGCAGAAACUCAAUCCUGACAUCGGCAAAGAGACGGACAGAGAGAACUGGAAAGAUACGCACAAGAAUGUCGUGGACAGUGCGUAUGAGGUGAUCCGGCUGAAAGGUUACACUAACUGGGCCAUCGGCCUGAGCGUGGCCGACCUGAGCGAGAGUCUGAUGAAGAACCUGAACCGAGUCCAUCCCGUCUCCACCAUGGUGAAGGGCAUGUUCGGGAUCGGUGACGAGGUCUUCCUGAGCCUGCCGUGUGUGUUGAACAGCGCUGGAGUGGGCAGUGUGGUCAACAUGACUCUGACCAGCGACGAGGUUUCGCAGCUGAAGAAGAGCGCAGACAUGCUGUGGCACGUCCAGAAAGACCUGAAAGACCUGUAACGAGCUUUUAUUCACAGCGUCCGAUGUUCGAUCGCUGCUUCGAGACACCCGUGAGGUGUUGCAUAAGGUUUUUAAAAAAUAUCCUAGUAUUAAGCAAUGCAAACAUAACAAAAAUAAGUCUGUUUGGAUUUAAAUAUGCAAAUGCGUAAGAGUCUUUAGGAUGGAUCAUUAUGGCAGUGAUUAGCAUGUUAUAAGAUGUUUGGCAACCCUAACUGAUGGAGUGUGUAGCUUUGCACACAUCAUGAACAUAUACAGCAUUUAAAGUCUACUUUAGAAAGAAAAAACACAUAAUAAUCACUGCAAGAAUGAUCCAGUCAUACACUCGUAUGCAUUCGCCUGUUUAAAUCCAAACAGCGACUUUAUUAUUUUAUUUAGGGGUCUGAAUCUGCAUACUUCAAAUAAUCAGAAACACAUGACUGUCUCUUUAAAACUGACCCUGGUGUCUGAUGUUCAUGGUGAAAUAUAGCAAAUUAUACGCAACAACUCAAAAGUUUGGAUGCAAUUUACUGAAUUUAUGUUUAGAACUUUUUAUGAGCUUCAAAUUAGCUUUGUAAAGAAAUAUACAUUUUGUAAACAUAUGAUUUAUCUAACUAAAGCUUUUUUUUUUUGUUAUGCAUGCAUUGUGAAGGAAAAGCAUGAUCAAACGUUCAACAGAUGCAGAGAAGGAAGAACUGAAUAUGAUCACAAACUGAGUAAAAUAUGCAUAAAGUAUAAGUAGGUGUGUCCAAACUUUUGAUUGACAUUGUUGCUCUUCCAAAUGACUGUUGAUUUCAGGAACUACUCAAUGAUGUACACACUAUUGAAGAGCAAUAUGGCUAAUGCUACAAAGAUAUAUUUGCACUUGUAUGAGGCUUUAAAUGUGAUGUCGGGCAACAUCAAGGAUAUAAUCCAUUUAUUAAACAGAAUCUUUGUCGGUAAAAA